AUGGGCAGCACCAAGAACAGUAACAAGCAACAGGAGCAGCCUGCGGCCUUGACGAGAAAGCCAGUCAAGCCGGUCGAGCUGAGGUGCAAGCUGUGCAACUCAGAGUUCCACCGGUCCGUCCAGUGCGAGGACCGCUGCCGGGGCACCCGCUGCGUCGAGCUCAAGCUCCACACCCACGCCUGGGCCGAGUGCCCGUUCAAGACCCGGCCCUUCUGCCAGCUGUGCGGCGACACCGACCACGGCGUGUUCAAGCACGACUGCAUUCAUCGGUGCUACGUGCACGACAGCUGGGUCCACCUCAUCGGCCACUGCCCGACCUUCUGCGACGACUGCGGCCUGAGCGGCCACCGAGCCCGCUCGCAGGUGUGCACCAUGCGCAACCGAAGACGCACUGCCGUCGCCGCCAGGCGGACCUCCGCGCCCGCCGCGCCCGUCGUCGAGCCGGUCGCGCCCCAGAAGUCGCCCAAGCAGCAGAACGCUGCGGCGGCCGCUGGCUUGCCGGCGAAGAAGGCGGGGCUGGAGAAGAAGCGGGAGGAGGAAGAGGCGGCGAAGAAGAAGCGGGCGGAGGAGGAGAAGAGGAGGGCGGAGAAGGAGGAGAAGAAGAAGGCGGAGGCCGCGGCGGCCGAGGCUGCGGUGAAGGCCAAGGAGGAGAAGCUGCGUCAGGCGCUGGUCGAGCUGAAGAAGGAGAAGUUGCGGAUCGUGCAGGAGCUAGCGCAGCUCCAGGCGAGCAAGCAGCAGCAACCCAAGGUUCAGGCCAGCCCGGCGCAGAAGGCCGCCAAGCCCGUACUGGCCGUGCCCAUCACCACCACCGGAGGUCGGGUGGGCCUCAGGCAGUCACGCGGCUAA